GAUGAGCCAACGGCAUUCUGAGCGUUUCUCAGUUGAAGACGAUCCGGAUGAUGAGUAUAAUCCCAAAAGCGAAAAAUUUUGCCGAGCUUGCGUUGAUGUUAGUGCUUUCGUCGCUGCGACAAGCGGGAAAAAAUGGCAGAAAAAGUACCCAGAAGCCGGCUGUCCGCUUGACAAACCCGAACUCGGUCGCGCAUCCUGGAGCCUACUUCAUACCAUGGCUGCCUACUAUCCGGAGUCAGCGACACCGCAAGAACAAGAGGCAAUGGCCGGCUUCUUGAGGGGAUUCGCAUUAUUUUACCCAUGCACGCUAUGCGCCCACGACCUAAGAAAAAACAUGAUUCAACACCCUCCAAAGUUGGAGAGUCGAGCAACUUUCAAUGGGUGGCUUUGCACGCAACACAAUCUCGUCAACAAAAAGUUGAACAAGCCACUUUUCGACUGUUCCCUGGUCAUGCAGCGAUGGAGACACGGUUGGAAAGACGGAUCAUGUGAUCUACCGGAUAUCGACUGAACGACUCUACUUUUUCUCCCGUGCUUUUGUGUAUAUCUCGACCUAUGGUUGUUUGCCAUUGGUGAUGUAAGUAGCCUAGAGAAAUGUCAACCUUUCUGUAUCAGUCCCCCGGUGAUCAUGUGUUACCUGGAUUUAUUCUCAGACGGAAUAACUUUAGAAUCAAAACUGA